AUGGUUUCCGUCGUAGCUGCAGCCCUCACCCUGGCUGGAUGGGUAUCGCAUGUCGCCGCCCACGCAGAGUUUUCCGGGGUGGCCGCUCCAUCUCUCCGUGGCCGGGUGACGGUAGUGGAUGCUCCCAGUGCUCCGGUCUUCUUGGACAGUGCGAUUUUCGAGCGCUUGGAGCACUUCAAGGAUGUAGGUGUCCCUGCAACGCUACAGGACCAGAUCGGGCGUGCGACGAUUGCAGAUGGCACUUGCCGCUCCGUUGUGGCGCCUGGAUCUGGUCCCUUUUCCUUGGAUGGCUAUGCUUUCUGGCACCACAAUCCGGAACGAGUCGAUGAAGUCUUGAAGGCGCUCGUCCAACUGCCUUCCACAUCGCAACCCUCGAAGUUUGUGAUUGCGGCAAAGAAGCAGUUGCCAAGUGCCUGUUUCUAUGGCAACCAAACCAACAAGCUGGACCUCUACCGACCGGAUGCCUUGGCCAAGACGCUUUACAAUUGGCACCGGGCCAUUUGUGACCUUGACUGGGAGGACCCAGCAGAACAGCCCCAGCAGCAGGCUCUCACUACCGGCUUCAUUUGCAUGGCCACCUGCGACACCGCGAAGAUGGAGCUCACGGCUGCAGCCAUGGAUGCCUUCUCAGCCAGCAUGGCGGCAGCAGAAGCCGUAACGAAGAGCAUGUGUGCUGCCAUGCCUUGGACCAAGCAGGGGCCGGCAACACCGCUGGAUGGCCUUAAGUCCUAUGAGGUCGUGCGAGACGACCAGGAGGGCAUGGGCGCCAUCCUCGAUUGGCUCUCCUAUGUGCCCAAGGAUGUUUCGUGCCUGCCACCGGUUUGCCAGCCGUCCGGCAGUGAUCCGUGGGAUCGCGACGUGGAGUUCGAGCCCACCCCGCUUCCCUACGAUCCGCGCGACUUCCUCCGGGGCGUCAUCGACCACGAGGGAAGCCGCAAGCGCGGCUUCUUCGAUGCGGGCUCAUGGAUCGAAUACCUCGAGGGAUGGGGCCGCACCGUCAUCGUCGGCCGGGCUCGCCUGGGAGGCAUGCCCAUGGGCGUCAUUGCAGUGGAGACGCGCAGCGUGGACCGCCUUGUGCCGGCCGAUCCAUCGAACUCCGAGAGCUGUGAGGUCAAGGAGACGAAUGGCGGCAAGGUUUGGUUCCCUGACAGUGCCUUCAAGACGGCACAGGCGCUGAAGGAUUUCAACCGCGGUGAGAAUCUUCCAGUCAUCAUCUUCGCCAACUGGCGAGGCUUCUCCGGCGGUACUCGGGACAUGUACAACGAGAUCCUCAAGUUUGGUGCCAUGAUUGUAGACGCGCUGGUCGAGUACGACCAGCCUAUCUUUAUCUACAUCCCGAAGCACGGCGAGCUCCGCGGCGGAGCCUGGGUGGUCAUUGACCCCGCAAUCAACCCAGACAAGAUGGAGAUGUAUGCCGACGUGGAUGCCCGCGGCGGCAUUCUCGAGCCACCAGGUAUUGUGGAGGUGAAGUACCGUGCACCUCAGCAG